AUGGCAAAGUCUUCGAAAUUAGAAGAUUACUGGAGACAAAACAAUAUUGAAAGUUUAUUGAAAGAAUUGACACAUACUCUUGCACAACAAAUGCCAUCCGAUCCAGCUGUUGCUAUUGUUCAAUAUCUUCAAAAAAAAUUUCCAAAAUCAUUUAAAACAUCCGUAGACAAUACUAAUAAUAAUAAGAAUGCUGACAUCGUUUCAAAAACUGUAGCAACUAAUUUACAAUCACAAUCAAUCAUUUCACCACGUUCUAAGGUUAAUAUAGAAAAUACAAAUGAGAUAAACAUGCGAGAACGUCGUGCAUCUAAUCAAAGUCAAAUUAAUGGUAUUUUUACAAUACCAACAGUUGGAUCAACUUGCGAUAAUUUACCUAAACACGAUACAACUGAUUCAAAACAAGCACUAGAUAUAAAUUUAACAAAUCUUGUUUCUACUAAUCGUUUAAAUCAACAAGCUGUUAAAUUAGGAAAAGAUAUUCGAUCAUAUCGUGAUAUACUUGAACAAGAACUUAUUAAACCAAUAAAAACAAAAUCAAAUAUAUCAUCAACAACAAAUGCAUCGACCUAUACAAUUUCAGAAGAUUUUCAACGUGAACAACCUUAUGUACCACAAUUCAUUAAAUAUAAACAACGUAUUCAUGAUAAAAAUGAACGUCGUCAACAUCGAGAAAAACUUGCCGAAAUAGCUAGACAAGUACGUGAUAAAGAACAAAUCUUACAAUCAGACGAACUUCAACAACAACAACAACAACAGAAAUCUCAUGAUGAUGAAAGAUUAUUUCAUAAUGUAUCAGAAAAAAGUGGUACUAAACAAAUUCAUAAAUCAUUUGUUAAAUCGAAAGAAGAAGAAAUAUUGAAUGAUGAAAAUAUAUUUCAACCUAGACGAGAAAAAUAUCGAAAUAGAUUGUCAAGAUCACAUUCAGAUGCACCUUAUAAACGUAGACAAUAUAUGGGAGAUUUUAGUUUAUCAAUGAGAAAAGGAAAUACAAGUUCGAUGCCUGUGAUACAGUCCGAUAGUGUAUGUAAAGUAUGUGGAAGUAUAAUUAACAAUGAUGAAAAUCCAUCAAAAGUUUAUUCUCAACAAGUUUCGGCUAUGCAAACAGCACGUUCAUUCGAACGUCAAUCAACAACACGAUCAGUAGAAUCAAGUAUUGGUGUUGUCGAUGAUUGGUUCGAACCAACAUCAGAUGUAUCCACUCCACAACAAGUAUUAUUAUCGACACCGGAUGAUAUAACACCACAAGUAAUUGAUACAAAUCCAUUUCAACAAAGUCGCUUUCAACCAAUUAAUGAUAACAAUACAGAUACUGUAGGACAUCGUCCACCAACAACACCAUUAAUUAAUACUGAUUAUAAAACAAAGACUAAACAAACGAAAACACCGCGAAUGUCGGAAUCUGAUAUUUUUGUAAAAACACUUGAAUCAAACGAUCGUCGUUCACCAUCAUCACGAAGUAUAUCAUCACCAAUAACAAAUAAACAUCAAACUGAUACUGCUGAAGUUACUAAUCAUCAAUUACCUAAGACUAAGACACAUUCAUCAACUUUAGCAACACCGACAACAACAAUCGUUCCAACUACUCAACGACGAAUGUCAGGUUGGGGUGUAUGUGAACAUUCUCCUGAUGAUUCGGAUGAAAACUAA